CAUUUUUCGAAGAGCGUGGACGUUCUUCGCGAGAAAAUCAGAGAGGAAGAAGCACAGAACGCGGCCCUGGAGAAGGAAGUGAUGGAUCUGGAAGGACAUCUUGCGCAAGUUCGGGAGCAUCGAGAGAAAUGGCAGGCUCUAGAGGUAGAACGAACGGAGGGAAGAAGGAAGGGAGGGAGAGGCGGGGGAGGAAGACAGUCCGUUGCAGGUCCUCCCUCUUUCCCUCCCUCCCUCCUUCCGUCAAACAACGCCUUCACAGCGGGAAAAUCUUCCUCUCCUACCACCAUGGACUCCACGAUGAAGCCGGCACCGUCGUAUCGAGAUGGAAGAUGCUGACAGGAAGCGUCAGGCAUAGAGAUUCAAGUUUAUGAAUCAUCACGCUCGGUAAAGAUUCCAUCUUUCCUUCUCACAUCCGUCCUAUGAAGUAUCACGCAUAGUAAAAAUUCAGGCAUUACAUUGGGUAUUUCGAGCCCGCAUCAUCAAAGGAGACAAGUGCGGGAGUGCAAGGAAACGUCUCUGUACGCAGAAAUUAAUGAUCAGGAAUUAGACGUGAAUUUCUUGUGGUUUGGGUACCUAUUAGAAGAGCGGGAUGGGAGGGGCAUCGAGCGUGCACUGCGAAGACAGCGGCAAUGGACGUAGCCAAAUCAUACCUGGUCAUUCAUGCACGACGAAAAGGGACAUAGCCAAAUCGUACCUUGUCAUUAA